GGGGAAGCCAUUUCUUUGGAAAUAUCAUACGAUCCUUCUUCUCCAACAGUAAGUAGACAUCUGAGAGAAGGAAAAUUCAUCAGCAGCGGCAUAAAGUAAGAAAGAAUCUGGAAUCCUAUCCCAUUCUCUCCCUCCGAAGUAUCCACACAGCUUGCGAACAAGGGACGAUGGCCGUCCUCCUUUUCUCUUGAAACGACUCGCCUCCUAAAUCCCGCGAUAUCGCUUCGAAAUCGGAAUUUCAAGCUGCUAACGACCUCAAAGUUCCAACCUUCGGAGCGAAACAGUCAUGGGUCUCUACUCGUUUUGCUUGUGGGGCUCUCAGAUUAUGCCCAUCAGGCACCAGCACGAGCGUGUCGAGUUUCCACAGUUCAAUGGAAGAAAAGAAUGCGGCAUUGCUUUCGAGCUGUUGAAGCAGAGGCCUUGCCCUUUAAAGAUUCGUGUGUCUUGCACGCCCGAGCACGUUGAUUUUAAAGAAAGAACGAGCCCAGAUGAGGUCAGGAAGGAAAUACGACAAUGCUAUGACCUCAUCCACCGGCUUGGGAGGGGAGUUGUUUACUUGGGCUCUUCAAGGAUGGGGUCUGAUCACAAGCAUUACGUGCAGGCAGUGGAGCUGGGUAAAGAGAUAGCAAAAUUUUUGGACUGUACUUCUUGGUCAGGGGCCGGUCCUGGACUCAUGGAUGCUGCAACCAAAGGCGCUCUAGAAGCAGGAAAGCCGGUUGGUGGGUUCAAGAUAGGUAAAGAAGCUGGAGAAUGGACUGCUUCCAAUUUUCAUCCAUACCUACCUUCGGAAACUUAUCUUACUUGCAGGUUUUUCUCUGCAAGGAAACAUGGUUUGGUGGAUGCUGUGAUUAGGACCAGCAGUUCCGACAAGACAGCUGUAGUUGCUCUGCCUGGUGGAAUUGGCACGCUGGAUGAGGUGUUUGAAAUUCUGGCUUUAAUCCAGCUUGAGAGGAUCGGAUCUGCUCUUCCGGUUCCCUUUCUCUUGAUGAAUUACGACUCAUUCUAUGCAAAGCUGUUGGACUUUCUUGAUGAUUGUGAGCACUGGGGCACCGUCUCCAAAGGAGAAGUCGGGUCACUGUGGAAAGUCUGUGACAGUAACUCUGAGGCCUUGACUUACUUAUCCGAGUUCUAUGAUCUCCCUCUGCAGGGUAAACCCGGGCUUCAAUUUGGAGUAAGUACUAUGUCGGGAACAUCUUAUUAGUUACUGUUUAUGGACAGGGAAGUUCAAACCA